AUGCCUGCUCACUUUGUUAACGAACGCGAUGCUACUAAAAUCGGAGCUACUGCUCCUUACCCCCUUUUUUACACCUGGUCCACUCCUAAUGGAUACAAGGUGUCCAUUUUGGCUGAAUUGUUAGGAAUUGACUACUACGUCUACCCUGUGGAUAUCUCCAAGAACAUUCAGAAGGAGCCUUGGUACUUGAAAUUUAAUGCUAAUGGAAGAAUUCCUUCUCUUGCCUAUGUAGAGAAAGAUAACAGUGUUACCUAUAUCAAUGAGUCUGCUGCCAUCCUGUUUUUCAUUGCUGACAAAUAUGACAAGGAGCGCAAAUACUCGUUUAAAGCUGGCACGAAGGAAUAUUACGAGGAAUUGGAAUGGACAUAUUUCCAAAUGGCCGGUUUGGGACCUAUGAAGGGUCAAUGGCAUUGGUUUUCCAUGUUUGCUCCUCAGAAAGAUGAGUUUGCUAUUAACAGAUACUAUAAUGAGACUCUUAGAUUGAUCGGUGUUUUAGAUGAGAGGUUGAAGAUUAACGGCACCGGUUACAUUGUUAGUGACCAUAUCACUGUGGCAGAUAUGGUUUCAUUCCCUUGGCUUCUGAGAACCAACAUCGGUAAACUUCAGGAUGAUAUUAAGAAGUACCCUAACGUUCUUUCUUGGAUCGAGAGAAUCUCCAAGAUUCCUGCAGUUCAAAGAGCUAUGAAAAUCCCUUAA